GUCCAUGGUGAGGGAGAUGUGCGAGAUAAAACUAAAUUUUCAUUGGAGAGAUUAAAGAUGGUUGAAGCAGAGAACAGCUCUUUUGACUUGGAGAAUGAACAACAAAGACAGCUGUACGAGAAAUGUCAUCAUGAGAUUGCCAGUCAGCAUGUCCAGGCAUUGACAGAAGGUAGUUAG